ACCAACCAGCAAAUCACAUCUUACCAGCUCUCUUGACACAGGAACAUUGGAUUAUUUAUUCACAACAUUGCGUUCUUCUACUCCAGCCUACCAAACUCAGCAAAUGAAGGUCGAUGAGCUGUCAGGAAUAGCAACAGAUUCUAUUGUUGGAAUUGAAAAUUCUUCGGGCAUAGAAUCCUCCGCAUUACCCACUGAAUCCAGCUAUAGCUCAAAACAAAACUGCAGUUCAUGUGAAGAUUGGAGCUCCUUUUACCCUGAUGUCAAAGGAACCAAAGACACCUCUUUAUAUCCUCAUUUCUUAGUUGUCCCUCCAUUGUUUGUGAUCCUCCAUACUGAUUGGAACACAGCGCUGGCUGAAUGGGGCUUGGCUUGGGACCUCCAUGUCUAUGGAUUAGCCUCGGCUUUUGGCUUUGCGGGAGUCAUGUCUGCACUCGGUAUCCUCUGUCUCCCCUUUAGAUCUCCACCGGGCUUUGGUUAUUUCAUGGUUUUGAAUGGACUGCUUUUCCUGACGAGCUCAACUAGAACUUUCACUUUCCUUUAUGAUGCCUACUGUUACCAGGACAAAUUACCUGCAAUUGUUGCCUUACUUCUCUAUGACUUGUUUUUCCCUUGUCUUACUUCUGCCUUUGCAGUCAUAAUCUUGCUUCUUUCUGUGAGACCUGGCAGGCAGGUUGUGUCAUCAAAAUUCCAGCGAUCAUGCCUAUUAGCUGCUCUUGUCUUUCUCCACUUCACGCUCAGUGUGAGCAUAAUUCUGGUCAUCACUAUGCUAAAGCAAGCUCCCUUCCUCCUCUUUGUAUCACAUGGGAUUUUUGUGGUAUUGGUGACCAUUCUAUCCAUCCUGUUUUUUGCAGUAUAUUGUCACAUCCAUAUGGCUGACAUGCAUGUUUAUAAUGUGAAGUCCUCAACGCAUUCCAUGGAAGCCUUUAACACCCAGUCCAUCGGAGACAUUGAGCAUUGGGGAAGGAUGGCCAAGUUAGCUAUGUGGACUGCAGUAUUUGGCCUGUGCUGUGCUGCAUUUCAGUUGUAUGCUAUUCUGUAUGGACUAGGCUUGGCUGGAGAUCAUGUUUUCCAGCCUUGGCCCUGGUGGAUUUUCCAAUUUGGCACCAGUUUGUGUGAGGUGGGUAUGUCUCUCACCAUGUCCAUUUUUGGUAUCUACCCUUUAUUUUGCAACCAUAAACAACCAGACCAUAAUUGUUGUACUAAAAUGUUCUGUCUUUCCCCAACUCAUGCUUCCAUGAAAGCCCCUAUACUUGCCAACAGCUACCAGUGGUCUACCUCUCACCAGGGAAAGCCACUGAGCUGUGACACAAUUGUACGAAGUGAAUCCGAAUGCCUUCCACUCUACACAUUGUCUGACAACCAACUGAGUAGUGGUGAGGAGAUCAACCUGAUCUAUCACAGCAGUGAGGUAAAAAAUCUGGACCUCCAUUUGAAGUGUGGUGGAUCCUCCAGGACCUCUUCUUUUAUCAGCGUUCAGGUGGACAGCGAUUCCACUGCUGACCUGAGACCCCCUUCUCCCAUUAACUUAAGGCGCAGUAUAGAUGAAGCUCUUUUUAGCGAGGCCCUCAUUCCUGAAGGACUUUUCCAUUGGUCAAGGCUACACAGCUCCAGCAACAUGUCCCUCUGCGAGAACAGGUCUCUACCGAGCAGCAGCGAAGUCCUCAAGGAGAAGGCAGCGGAUAGAGGACUGUAUCGAACUUCAUCUUGUGCUGGGAUGGAGAGACCAGAGGUUGGCAGGGGAAUCACUAGCACCUUUAGGAAGCUCAAUGUGAUUCAAGCCUUGUCUGUUGAUAGAUGGGAGGAUAGUUCUACGAGUUCAGUCUGCAGAAUGUCCCAGGGAGGAUCUUCACUAGCACUUUGCUCCAACCCAAACAGACAGGACUUCCCAACCAUCAGCUCUGAGCACAAAGUUUACAGGAACUUCUCUGAAACAAGUCUUCCCCAGAUUACAAACCAGUUCCAGGCUCUGCCUGCACCAGACAACAUGGACAACAAUGAUCUCCAAGAAUCAGCGACGCAAGCCGAAUUCAUGAAGAUCUGCAGGCAAAUUGACCAGUUGAGUAUUAGCAGUGACACGAUUGAAUUGUGAGUCUGGCUUUGGGACAGUUUCCAGUCCAUGCUAUUUCUACUUUGCCUCCUGUUUAAUAUUUGGAGAUGCUUUUACAAGGAUAUUUACUUCCUGAAAUGAAGAAGACAUGUAAUGACUCCAACCAAAAGAUCAGAGAUUGCUGGGCUCAGAAUACAAACAUGAAAUUGGUCUCGAGUGGCAGUAAAGCUGGGAAUCUGGAAUGCGUUUCAUACCCUUCAUUACUCUGAAUGGAAAAGAAUACCAGGUGUAAGGCAUAAUGCACACUAAAGCUUAUUUCACACUAUCUCCCAAGACUAAUACUGUUGCCAUAGAACUUCUGCAACUAUGAAAUGUGUACAUAUAGUGAAAAGCUGUGCUCAUGGUGUGCUGAGAAAUUAGGCUUCUGAGAUAGCCAAAGCGAAAGUUCUUGGUUAACUAGCGCUGU